AGCGGGGAGCGGCCAUCGCCCGCGCCGAGCAUCCUUCGGAGCGGCGGGGGGCCCUGCGCCACCUAGUCGCGCGCGCCUCCUAGCCCACCGCCUGGGCCCGGGGGACGCGCGCGCGUGGCCGGGCGGCCGGGCGACGGGUGGCGGGGAGCCGCCCCCGCCCGCGCCCCUCGGCCCUCUCCAUCCCCUGUUCGCCCAGCCAGGCAGAGAGACCUGAAGCGGCGGCGAUGGCUAGCGCGACCCUGCCUGGGCCCCCCGCGUCGGCGGGCGGGGACGGCCCGAACCUCAAUAACAACAACAACAACAACAACAACCACAGCGUGCGCAAGUGCGGCUACCUGCGCAAGCAGAAGCACGGCCACAAGCGCUUUUUCGUGCUGCGCGGCCCCGGCACGGGCGGCGAUGAGGCAUCCGCGGCUGGGGGGUCGCCGCCGCAGCCUCCGCGGCUGGAGUACUACGAGAGCGAGAAGAAGUGGAGGAGCAAGGCGGGCGCGCCGAAGCGAGUGAUCGCGCUCGACUGCUGUCUGAACAUCAACAAGCGCGCGGACGCCAAGCACAAGUACCUGAUCGCCCUCUACACCAAGGACGAGUACUUCGCCGUAGCGGCGGAGAACGAGCAGGAGCAGGAGGGCUGGUACCGCGCACUCACCGACUUGGUCAGCGAAGGCCGCUCUGGCGAUGGGGGCUCGGGCACCUCCGGCGGCUCUUGCAGCGCCUCUCUCCCGGGAGCCCUGGGUGGCUCAGCGGGCGCCGCUGGCUGUGAUGACAACUACGGGCUCGUGACGCCCGCCACGGCAGUCUACCGCGAGGUGUGGCAGGUGAACCUGAAGCCUAAGGGACUGGGCCAGAGCAAGAACCUGACUGGUGUAUACCGCCUAUGCCUGUCUGCGCGCACCAUCGGCUUCGUGAAGCUCAAUUGCGAACAGCCGUCGGUGACGCUGCAGCUUAUGAACAUUCGCCGCUGCGGCCACUCGGACAGCUUCUUCUUCAUCGAGGUGGGCCGUUCGGCCGUCACCGGUCCCGGCGAGCUGUGGAUGCAAGCCGACGACUCGGUGGUGGCGCAGAACAUCCAUGAGACCAUCCUGGAGGCUAUGAAGGCACUCAAAGAGCUCUUCGAGUUCCGGCCUCGCAGCAAGAGUCAGUCGUCCGGGUCGUCAGCCACGCAUCCCAUCAGCGUGCCGGGGGCGCGCCGCCACCACCACCUAGUCAACCUACCCCCUAGCCAGACCGGCCUGGUGCGCCGCUCCCGCACUGACAGCCUGGCGGCCACCCCCCCAGCAGCCAAGUGCACUUCGUGCCGGGUUCGUACGGCCAGCGAGGGCGACGGCGGCGCGGCAGGCGGGGCCGGGACGGCAGGAGGCAGGCCGAUGUCGGUGGCAGGGAGCCCCCUGAGUCCCGGGCCGGUGCGCGCGCCCCUUAGCCGCUCGCACACCCUGAGCGCCGGCUGCGGAGGCCGCCCGAGCAAAGUGACUCUGGCGCCGGCAGGGGGAGCCCUGCAACACAGCCGCUCCAUGUCCAUGCCCGUGGCGCACUCGCCGCCUGCAGCCACCAGCCCAGGCAGCCUGUCCUCCAGCAGUGGACACGGCUCGGGCUCCUACCCGCUGCCUCCAGGCUCCCACCCGCACCUGCCUCAUCCACUGCAUCACCCCCAAGGCCAGCGUCCGUCCAGCGGUAGUGCCUCCGCCUCGGGCUCCCCCAGCGACCCGGGUUUCAUGUCCCUUGAUGAGUAUGGCUCCAGCCCUGGCGACCUGAGAGCCUUCAGUAGCCACAGGAGCAACACACCCGAAUCAAUCGCGGAGACCCCGCCAGCCAGAGAUGGCAGUGGGGGCGAACUCUAUGGGUACAUGAGCAUGGAUAGACCCCUGAGCCACUGUGGCCGCCCUUACCGUAGGGUCUCAGGGGAUGGGGCCCAGGACCUGGAUAGAGGACUGAGGAAGAGAACUUAUUCCCUAACCACGCCUGCCCGGCAGCGGCAGGUACCUCAGCCUUCCUCUGCCUCUCUAGAUGAGUACACUCUCAUGAGGGCCACCUUCUCUGGCAGUUCAGGUCGCCUCUGCCCAUCCUUCCCUGCGUCCUCUCCCAAAGUGGCCUACAACCCUUACCCAGAGGACUAUGGAGACAUUGAGAUUGGUUCUCACAAGAGUUCCAGCAGUAACCUGGGGGCAGAUGAUGGCUACAUGCCCAUGACCCCUGGGGCAGCCCUCAGAAGUGGUGGCCCCAAUAGCUGCAAGAGCGAUGACUACAUGCCCAUGAGCCCCACCAGCGUGUCUGCUCCCAAGCAGAUCCUGCAGCCACGUUUGGCAGCGGCCUUGCCCCCUUCGGGAGCAGCUGUGCCAGCGCCCCCUUCAGGGGUGGGUAGGACCUUCCCAGUGAACGGAGGUGGCUACAAAGCCAGCUCCCCAGCAGAGAGCUCCCCAGAAGAUAGUGGGUACAUGCGAAUGUGGUGUGGCUCCAAGCUGUCUAUGGAGAACCCAGACCCCAAGCUACUCCCCAAUGGGGACUACCUCAACAUGUCCCCCAGUGAGGCAGGCACGGCAGGGACCCCACCUGACUUCUCAGCAGCUUUGCGUGGAGGCAGUGAAGGCCUCAACGGCAUCCCUGGCCACUGCUACAGCUCUUUGCCCCGCUCUUACAAGGCUCCCUGUUCCUGCAGCGGAGACAAUGACCAGUAUGUGCUCAUGAGCUCCCCUGUGGGCCGGAUCUUAGAAGAGGAGAGACUGGAGCCCCAAGCCACCCCAGGGGCUGGCACCUAUGGGGCAGCUGGUGGUAGUCAUACCCAGCCUCAUCACUCAGCAGUGCCUUCCGCCAUGAGGCCGAGUGGCAUCGGUGGUCGCCCUGAAGGCUUCCUGGGCCAGCGCUGUCGGGCAGUGCGGCCCACACGCCUAUCGCUAGAGGGACUGCAGACCCUUCCCAGCAUGCAAGAGUACCCUCUACCCACAGAGCCCAAGAGCCCUGGCGAGUAUAUCAACAUUGACUUUGGUGAGACGAGUACCCGUCUGUCUCCGCCUGCCCCCCCACUACUGGCAUCUGCGGCCUCAUCCUCUUCACUGCUCUCAGCCAGUAGUCCUGCUUCAUCCCUGGGUUCAGGUACCCCAGGCACCAGCAGCGACAGCCGGCAGCGCUCUCCGCUCUCUGACUAUAUGAACCUGGACUUCAGUUCUCCCAAGUCCCCCAAGCCUAGCACCCGCAGUGGGGACCCAGUGGGCUCCAUGGAUGGCCUUCUCUCUCCAGAGGCCUCAUCCCCAUACCCACCGCUGCCCCCGCGUCCGUCCACUUCUCCUUCCUCCUUACAGCAGCCUCUGCCACCUGCCCCGGGAGACCUAUACCGCCUGCCUCCAGCAUCAGCUGCCACUUCCCAGGGUCCCACUGCUGGCUCCUCAAUGUCCUCUGAGCCUGGGGAUAAUGGUGACUAUACCGAGAUGGCCUUUGGUGUGGCUGCAACCCCGCCACAACCUAUUGCGGCACCCCCCAAACCAGAAGGUGCCCGAGUGACCAGUCCCACAUCGGGCUUGAAGCGGCUAAGUCUCAUGGAUCAGGUAUCUGGGGUGGAGGCCUUCCUUCAAGUCAGCCAGCCUCCUGACCCCCACCGGGGUGCUAAGGUCAUCCGUGCAGACCCACAGGGGGGACGUCGUCGCCACAGUUCAGAGACCUUCUCCUCUACCACCACCGUCACCCCAGUGUCCCCAUCCUUUGCCCACAAUUCCAAGCGCCACAAUUCGGCCUCUGUGGAAAAUGUCUCUCUCAGGAAAAGCAGUGAAGGCAGCGGCACCCUGGGAGGAGGUGAUGAGCCACCCACAUCCCCAGGACAGGCACAGCCCUCAGUGGCUGUGCCCCCAGUGCCACAGGCUAGGCCAUGGAACCCUGGUCAGCCCGGAGCUUUGAUUGGCUGUCCUGGAGGCAGCAGUUCUCCCAUGCGCAGAGAGACCUCCGUGGGUUUCCAGAACGGCCUCAACUAUAUCGCCAUCGAUGUGAGAGGCGAGCAGGGGUCCUUGGCGCAGUCUCAGCCGCAGCAUCCGCAGCCAGGAGACAAGAACUCCUGGAGCCGGACCCGUAGCCUUGGGGGGCUCCUCGGCACCGUCGGAGGCUCGGGCGCCAGCGGAGUGUGUGGGGGUCCAGGCACUGGAGCUUUGCCCUCUGCCAGCACCUAUGCAAGCAUCGACUUCCUGUCCCAUCACUUGAAGGAAGCCACAGUCGUGAAAGACCUUCCUUCUGAGUGGCCACGCCCAGUUGCUGCUGGGCUCCCGCCCAUGCCCCUCCCAGCUACUGCAGAGGGCUUGGGAAAAGGCAGAAGUUCACAGGAUGUCUGCUGGCUUCCUGGUUGAUCUACAGGUCUCUGCCCCUGGGCCUGAAUGACAAGAGCAGAGUGAAGCUCUAACAGCUCCAUCACCGCUGUGUUGAAAAAACAAAAAAACAAAAAAACAAACAAAAAACACAACUCUGAACCCAUUCGAAGGAUAUGCUUGGCAUGUUUCCGACCAACGCUGCUGCUCACUUUCCUUUCAACGGGAGCAAUUCUACAUUUUGAGACUUCUGUGAAUUAGAUAAGGAACCAAGAGGCAGGUCCGCCUCUCAGCUGUCCCCACACACCAGCCCUCAUCGCACGGUUUGCAUUGCAUUUUGUUUCCUUUGUGAACUGACGGGCUGAUGGUGUACACUCCGGGAGAUUGGACGUUUCCGCCGGCGGUGUUGGCCAUAAGUCCUGGCCAUCGCUGUCAUUUUUUUUCUUGUUACUUUCAUUUUUGGCAAAGUGGAUUAAUCCCUCAGCAUGCAAGGAGAUGCUAUAAUAUACAUGGAAGUGGUCAAAUCUGGUAUUUACUGGCUUACAGUCAAACCUACCACAGUCCUACCUCAGUUCAGGGUGAAGCCGGAUUGUUCGGCAGGGUACAGGGCAACUCUGCCCCAGGAUCACAUGCUGACCUCCGUCUCUCUGUUAAGUCCAUGUGGACUCCAGUCCAGGUACCUGAAAGGUUUACCUACGCACAGAGCCUAGUGUGGGACUGACAAUUCUCCGUGGGAUUGGACUUGAAGAUGGAUUAAUCCUAAUAAUUCCUAAAUGUGACUGGAGCAGCCUCCUUUUGGAGAUCAUCAGCCGUAUUUAGGGGUAGGGGUGGGGAUGGGUGGAUCUCUCUUUGUAUCUAUAACAGGCUUGUUGACUCCUCUCUCUGUAGAUGUUCAUGUAAGUACUUCAGAUUGCAAAAGCCUUUUCUCCCCUCCACAAGCCUCCCGUCUCUGAAUCUUAGCUCGCCAUCCUCAAACCUAAAACUCAACACAGGCAUGCUUGUAGCUCAAGGCUGGUUUGGACUUUUGUUUUUUAAAUAUAUUAUCUCUGACACAAUGUUACUUUUGUUGGUCAACAAGGUUGCCCUGAACAGGAGGGGAGGCAUUCCAGCCAUUGUACUAUGUAUGAGUGGCAAAAGAAGAAAACCAUCUCUCCCCCUACACUUGCCUGUCAACGGUUCUUGACAGAGACUAUCCUGGUUCUGUUGUCAGUGUUCUGGAAAUGUCAGUGUUGUGGAAUUGUUUCAUAUGUCACCUAGAAGGGCUGAGCUUGCCGGCAGAAUCGCCAUCACCUCGCUGCUCCGUCACAGGGCUGGAGGCCCUGCCUCCCUAACCCCCUACUUCCCAGUGCCUGUCUCUAGUCCUAUAGAGGCUACACUAAUAACUCUUGGAAAUGUGAGUUGCUGGUUUAUUUUUUAAUCAUUGUUUUGCUUUUGUUUGGGAGUAUAUAUAUAUAUAUAUAUAUAUAUAUAUAUAUAUAUAUAUAUCACUAUAGAAUAAUGCAUUGGUAAGAUAAGAAGGGGCUUUUAGAGGAUGACCAAAAAAAAUUCCAUGUCUUAAAAAAUAUAUUUAAUGGCAAUGCAGCUGUCUUCCUGCUUCCAUUGCUGAGGUUGUAGAAGAAGGCUGUAUUGCAAGACAAAGUUGAAUGUAAAUUGAUCUCCCCACACCCCGUGUGAAUGCUCAAGGUUUACCUUGCUGCAGUUACGCAUCUUAAGCAGUUCAUGGGCCACACAGCACUGAGGUGGAAGUCCGUUCUGGUGUGUGCUAUAGUUUAUUGAGCUGUUAAAGGAUCUCCUGAAAUCUUACCCAGUGUUGAUGAGGAACCUGCGCUGCAUUUGCUGUGUAACUGAAUCAAUCCCCCAGGGACAGUAGGACUGAUCUGCUGACUACAGCACGUUUAGGCAGAUGUGACACACCCUCCAUGCUGGGAGUGGUCACCACAGGACACAGAAUGGCACAUGUCCCUGAUGCAGCUGACGUGAACAAGAAGAGAAAUGGAGAAUACACUAAAUCCCCCUCCUCCUGUACAUUUCAAGAAGAGCAGGCAUAUGCAAUAUUUACAUCCUUAAUUUAGUUUACAGAAUGGAACCAAAAUGUGUAAGUGUUACGUUCGCCACACUUCAUGCUGUACAUUGGGUCUUUGUACAUUUUGCUUGACUUAAUCUUAAAUUUAAACUAUUUUUUGCUAUAUAAACUUUAACAGUUAUUAAACAGUGUUUUCUUUGGGUACAUGUUUCCUGGAUACCAAGAUGUUAAAUAUAUUUCUCGCUAUUGCGUUUCAACAAGAGACCCGCCCUCCCUGUUGUCUUCCGCUGUACAUGCCUGUAUAUAGGGGUCACGUGAUGCCGCUGAAGACGAGAAUAAACUGGAGUAGUUUAGUUUGCUGUAUUUAGUCUGUAUUGACCAUGGAUGCCCUCCUUAAUAGCCAUAUGCAAUAAAAUAAAAUACAUUAUUUAUGAAAUGAAUACAGAUUGGAGGACAUUU